GUCAGCUGAUUUACUGCAGCAGUAGCAGCAGCGGCAGCGGCGGCGGUGGUGGCACCUUGCAACCCAGGCAGGGUGACGGUGGCUGCCUGGGCGUGGGGUUCCCUGGGUUCGCCCACCUGGACCCACGGCCGCCUGGUUUUCCUCGCGUACGCCUCCGCCUUUGCCUUCUUUGCGGAGGCGCCCACAGCAUCUCCAACAGACAUGGUUAUCGCCUGAGGUGAAGCUUUGACAGGUUUGAAAACGCAAUGGCAGGGAACAGUCUAGUUUUGCCCAUUGUCCUUUGGGGCCGCAAAGCCCCUACCCAUUGCAUUUCAUCAGUGCUGCUAACAGAUGACGGGGGCACAAUUGUAACUGGAUGCCACGAUGGACAGAUCUGUCUCUGGGACCUUUCAGUAGACCUGGAAGUUAAUCCACGAGCACUGUUAUUUGGUCACACAGCAUCGAUCACUUGUUUAUCAAAAGCUUGUGCUUCUGGGGACAAACAGUACACUGUGAGCGCAUCUGCAAAUGGAGAGAUGUGCCUCUGGGAUGUGAAUGACGGCAGAUGUAUUGAAUUUACAAAGUUAGCCUGCACCCACACUGGCAUACAGUUCUACCAAUUCACUGUUGGAAAUCAGCAAGAAGGAAGGCUUUUAUGCCAUGGACAUUACCCUGAAAUCCUUGUUGUGGAUGCUACCAGCCUUGAGGUUCUGUAUUCUUUGGUAUCAAAGAUAUCGCCAGACUGGAUUAGCUCCAUGAGCCUUAUCCACCGUCAGCGGACACAAGAGGACACUGUGGUAGCGCUCUCUGUGACAGGCAUCCUGAAGGUGUGGAUUGUCACCUCUGAGACUGGCGGCAUGCAGGAUACUGAGCCAAUUUUUGAGGAGGAAUCAAAACCAAUUUAUUGUCAGAAUUGCCAAAGCAUCUCCUUCUGUUCAUUCACACAGAGGUCACUCUUGGUUGUGUGCUCCAAAUACUGGAGGGUGUUUGAUGCUGGAGACUACUCCCUGCUUUGUUCAGGUCCUAGUGAAAAUGGACAGACAUGGACUGGAGGGGACUUUGUGUCCUCAGACAAAGUGAUCAUCUGGACUGAAAAUGGGCAGAGUUAUAUUUAUAAACUCCCUGCCAGUUGUCUUCCAGCUAGUGAUUCAUUCCGCAGUGAUGUGGGGAAAGCAGUUGAAAAUUUAAUUCCUCCUGUGCAGCAUAGUCUCUUGGAUCAAAAAGAUAAAGAGUUGGUAAUUUGUCCUCCUGUUACUCGGUUCUUCUAUGGAUGCAAGGAAUAUUUGCAUAAACUAUUAAUUCAGGGCGAUUCUUCUGGAAGGUUAAAUAUUUGGAACAUUUCAGACAUAGCUGAUAAACAGGAAGGUGCUGAAGGACUAAAAACGACAACUUGUAUUAGUUUGCAAGAGGCAUUUGACAAACUGAAGCCUUGUCCUGCUGGGAUCAUAGAUCAGCUAAGUGUGAUUCCCAACAGCAAUGAACCUCUUAAAGUGACUGCGAGCGUCUACAUACCAGCACACGGACGGCUUGUUUGUGGCCGGGAAGACGGAAGCAUAAUUAUUGUGCCUGCCACCCAAACGGCUAUAGUGCAGCUGUUGCAAGGGGAACACAUGCUCCGAAGAGGUUGGCCCCCUCACAGAACUCUCCGUGGCCAUCGGAACAAAGUUACAUGUUUGCUGUACCCUCAUCAGGUCUCGGCUCGCUAUGACCAAAGAUACCUGAUAUCUGGAGGUGUGGAUUUUUCCGUCAUAAUUUGGGACAUAUUUUCUGGAGAAAUGAAACAUAUCUUCUGUGUUCAUGGGGGUGAGAUCACGCAACUUCUGGUCCCACCUGAAAACUGUAGUGCAAGAGUUCAACAUUGCAUCUGUUCUGUAGCCAGUGACCACUCAGUAGGACUUCUAAGUUUACGGGAGAAAAAAUGCAUCAUGUUGGCUUCGCGCCACCUGUUUCCUAUUCAGGUGAUCAAGUGGAGGCCGUCUGAUGACUACCUGGUGGUGGGAUGCACAGACGGCUCUGUGUAUGUCUGGCAGAUGGACACUGGUGCGCUGGACCGCUGUGCGAUGGGGAUAACAGCCGUGGAGAUACUGAACGCUUGCGAUGAGGCCAUUCCUGCUGCAGUAGACUCACUUAGUCACCCCGCAGUCAACCUGAAACAAGCCAUGACAAGACGUAGUCUUGCUGCCCUUAAAAAUAUGGCCCACCAUAAACUGCAAACCCUUGCAACUAACCUCUUGGCUUCUGAGGCCUCUGAUAAGGGGAAUUUACCUAAAUAUUCUCAUAACUCCCUGAUGGUUCAAGCAAUAAAGACAAACCUAACAGACCCGGACAUCCAUGUGCUGUUCUUUGAUGUGGAAGCUUUGAUUAUUCAACUCCUGACUGAAGAAGCCUCUAGGCCGAAUACUGCACUUAUUUCCCCAGAGAAUUUGCAAAAAGCAUCUGGCAGUUCAGACAAAGGGGGCUCCUUUCUAACUGGAAAGCGAGCAGCAGUUCUCUUCCAGCAAGUGAAGGAAACUAUCAAAGAGAACAUAAAGGAGCAUCUCCUUGACGAGGAAGACGAGGAUGAGGAGAUAAUGAGGCAGAGGAGGGAGGACAGUGAUCCCGAAUACCGGGCCAGCAAGUCCAAGCCGCUGACCUUGCUAGAAUACAAUCUUACUAUGGACACGGCAAAAUUAUUCAUGUCCUGUCUUCACGCCUGGGGUUUGAAUGAAGUGCUGGAUGAAGUUUGUCUUGAUCGCCUCGGAAUGCUCAAACCACACUGCACGGUGUCCUUUGGUCUCUUAUCGAGAGGAGGUCACAUGUCGUUGAUGCUGCCUGGUUAUAGUCAGGCUGCCGGGAAACUACUGCAUGGGAACGCAGAGACAGGAAGGAGGCUGCCGCCAGCCGAGGGAGUGGGAAAGGGAACCUACACAGUGUCCCGAGCCGUCACCACUCAGCAUCUGUUGUCCAUCAUCUCUUUGGCAAAUACUUUAAUGAGUAUGACCAAUGCAACCUUUAUUGGCGACCACAUGAAGAAGGGCCCGACCAGGCCACCCCGACCAGGCACCCCAGACCUCUCAAAGUCAAGGGGCUCCCCUCCAACUUCCAGCAAUAUUGUGCAAGGACAGAUUAAACAAGGCUGGAGCCAGUUAGCUGCCAUGCACUGCGUUAUGCUGCCAGACCUGCUGGGGCUGGAUAAAUUCCGGCCUCCUCUUCUGGAGAUGCUGGCUCGAAGGUGGCAAGAUCGAUGCCUGGAGGUGAGAGAGGCUGCGCAGGCCCUGCUUCUAGCAGAGCUGAGAAGAAUCGAGCAGGCAGGACGAAAGGAAGCGAUUGAUACCUGGGCUCCGUAUUUACCCCAGUAUAUGGACCACGUCAUAUCACCUGGAGUCACUGCAGAAGCCAUGCAGACUAUGGCAGCAGCUCCAGAUGCCUCAGGACCGGAAGCCAAAGUCCAGGAAGAAGAGCAUGACCUCGUGGAUGAUGACAUCACUACUGGUUGCUUAUCAAGUGUCCCACAAAUGAAAAAAAUUUCCACAUCUUAUGAAGAAAGAAGGAAGCAGGCCACUGCUAUCGUCCUCCUGGGAGUGAUCGGAGCGGAGUUCGGAGCUGAAAUUGAGCCACCAAAACUGCUGACCAGACCUCGGAGCUCCAGUCAGAUUCCUGAAGGGUUUGGUUUGACUAGCGGGGGCUCCAACUACUCACUGGCCAGACAUACUUGUAAGGCACUGACAUUUCUUCUGCUACAGCCACCAAGUCCCAAGCUUCCUCCUCACAGCACCAUCCGGAGAACUGCCAUUGACCUGAUUGGGCGAGGGUUCACUGUGUGGGAGCCUUACAUGGAUGUGUCCGCUGUGCUGAUGGGCCUUCUGGAGCUGUGUGCAGAUGCUGAGAAACAACUUGCCAACAUCACAAUGGGGCUGCCUCUGAGCCCCGCAGCUGACUCUGCCCGCUCUGCACGGCAUGCCCUUUCUCUCAUUGCCACUGCCAGACCACCCGCCUUCAUCACCACCAUAGCUAAGGAGGUACACAGACACACGGCCCUUGCAGCAAAUACCCAGUCCCAGCAGAGUAUACACACAACCACCUUGGCAAGAGCUAAAGGGGAAAUCUUGAGAGUCAUUGAAAUUCUCAUUGAAAAAAUGCCUACAGAUGUUGUGGAUCUUCUUGUGGAGGUCAUGGACAUCAUCAUGUACUGUCUUGAAGGAUCUUUAGUUAAAAAGAAGGGUCUUCAGGAAUGUUUUCCAGCUAUCUGCAGGUUCUACAUGGUCAGCUAUUAUGAACGGAGUCACAGAAUUGCCGUUGGAGCACGCCAUGGCUCAGUGGCCCUGUAUGACAUCCGGACUGGAAAAUGUCAGACAAUCCAUGGGCACAAGGGACCAAUCACUGCAGUGUCCUUUGCUCCUGAUGGGCGUUAUCUUGCCACCUACUCAAACACUGACAGCCACAUUUCUUUCUGGCAGAUGAACACAUCGCUCCUGGGAAGCAUUGGCAUGCUGAACUCGGCACCUCAGCUGCGCUGCAUUAAGACCUACCAGGUACCUCCAGUACAACCAGCCUCGCCUGGCUCCCACAACGCCCUCAGGCUGGCCCGCCUCAUCUGGACUUCCAACCGGAACGUUAUCCUUAUGGCCCAUGACGGGAAGGAGCACCGCUUCAUGGUCUAAUACCGCUGUCUGCUGCCCUGGCUGCCUGUUCGUUCUAUACUGUCUAAGCCGACGCUGCUCUGUCUGCACGCAUACUGGACUGUGGUUUGCUACCUGCCCUCCUCCGUGCCGUCCAGGGGCCAUGGCCAGGCCUGUGUCACUUGCGCGUGCUUCUCAGGGGCACACUCCACGCGGGAGAUCUAUCGAUGUAAAGGCACACAUACCACUCAACAGGAUGUGGCCAUUCUGUCACUAGGUAGUUUUUCCCUGCCAGAGAAAGGAGGGGAGAGCUCGUGGUUCCCGGAGAUGCUCUUGUUGCUUGAUGUAAGGAAAGCCUGAAAAUCAAUAACCACUGUGAUUGCGCCCCAGUCCUGAUCCUCAUUGUCAGCCCUGGCAGCUCAGCUCUGACCUGGAUUCUAGGGCCAUGCGAGUCCUCAUUAUUGAAAUGACUUCCCUUUGGAUUUCCCAAACUUACUGUUGUUUACCAAACCUGUUUUAUGUUUACAUUGGUUUUUCUCUGCUAGCAGUUGAUAGGCAGUUACUCAGUUCCACUUCCUCAAAUUUAGCCCCUACCUUCUCAGUUAACACCAAUCCCGAUUUGAGAUUAAUGAGGAAAAAAAAAAUUUCCUCUUAGAAAAUAGUUUUUCAGAUAGCUCGCUUUCUAAAAUGCUCAUUUCCUGCUCAAAUGUUAGUGUGUCUCCUAGUUUAAAUACAGACCAUCCCUACUCCCCACAUGCUGACUAUAGCUAACCUUCUAAGGGGUUAACCUUUCAACAAAGAACCGAGUUUGGAAGCAUAGCACAUUUGUACAGUGGAGGUCUCCCCGUGUCACGAUAGAUUCUUCUGUGCAGAAAAGGCCUCCUCCUCGGGAACUUCACAAUCUGCAGCUCCCGCAUGUGUGGCGGUGUUACAGUGGUCCUUUCCACCCCGCUUUCCAAUUCCGACUAGUAGAAGAACACUAGGAAGGCAUUUCCUGUAAGUACACACCCGAGAAUCUGAUAACUACGUAGACACAUUGUUGUGGCGUACAGAAAAGCGUGAAGACUGCCAGUCUGUCCGAGUGGACCCUACAGUGAAAGUGUCCACUCUGCUACCGCACAAGCUUUAACUCCAUUUUCUUCUUGUGUCGAAUUAUGUUGCUCAUAUUGUAAUGGAAGAAAAAACCCAUAACACAGUAUUUUGUAUGAGUUGUUCCUAAAAAUUUGAUAUAUAUUAGCAGCAGGGGGUUGAUUUGUUUGUUGGUUGAUUAAGGACACUUACCCAAGAUUGUUUAUUAAAUACAAAAAUAACAAGGAGUUAUUGAAUUCAGAGAAAAUAUGUAAUAUUAACAGGGGAGCUAAAAUAAAAAUGAAAGCAUUUAGUUUUAAACUCCUAGAUUGUCAAAGCUUGUGUACUGUGUAGGAAAGUAGGUUCAAGGUCUGUGAAUAAAUUCAUAGUUUACAGUACUUUCAGGAGUAUGUGAAGAAGCUAACAUCCUCAGAAUAUCUUUUUCCUACCGAUGUAUGUUCUUUUCAUUGGUGGCAACUCCAUCCUGUCCCUUGGUUUGUCUCGGUGUUGGGGCUCUUUCAAAAGUUAUUUUAUUUCACACGCAUGUAUAUCAUAUUUAUAAUGAUUAUAUAUGUAGCUUUCAAGAAGGAAAUCAAGAACUGUACAGUGUAGAUUGUGGUGAGCAAGCGGAUCUAUUUAAUGUCGAUGGGGAAAUGUCCAGCGGGCUCCAGAGACUGCUGUCUGCCCAGCACAGGUUUACUCUCUGAACUUCAGAGGGAAGAGUUCAACCGUCUGGAAUGAUAGGUCAGACACAACCUUAGACAUUCUGUUAAGCAAAGUGUUCCAUGCUUCAGGAAGGCGCUGAACUAGAGAGCAACAGCAGAUGGUGCCUGUCGUAGGGAUGGGUCACAGAGACUGUCCUCUCGUGCCCUGUGUAUAGUCGGAAGAGCACAAGAACUGGAAAGCUCCAUGCUAAAGGAAUGGCUAACUGAAGAAGUGUAUUUACAUUCUCAUUUACAUAAUACUCUCCUUGGCUGUUUUGACAACCACAGCUUGCAGCUUCAUCUCAGUGUAUUUUCCUCAACACCGGGGUACACUUGGUGUUGUCAUUCCAGUGUGCGCUUGUAGUGUUCUAUUGAUUUUGUUGACACAGCAUUUGGACCUGUCCUUAUAAGCAUAAAGCCUGUGUGACCUCACUGGUAAUUUACAAGCAAAGUGACCUGUUGUGACACUGGUGUGAAAAUCGUCAUGUUUGAACUGCAUAUAGUGAAUAAGUUCAAAUGUCUGUCUCCUAAGACAUUUCUAGAUGACUCCACUUGAUAGCCUAUGUGUUUAAAAUUGAUGUGUACAUACUUGUGUUAAAUAAAACUGAAUUGUACUGAA